CCAAACACGCCCUUCCCUUUAACCUUUUCUCAAAGUAAGUUCUAUUUUUUAUGAUAAACACAAAGUGCGGUUCACUCCUCACUCCAGAGUCUCCAAUGAUGAAAUAAAAACGCAGUCCUGAAUAAUUUGAACUCAGAAAUGGAAGAGGUAAAAUCAGCCAAGAAUGCACCACCGACCCACGAUCCAAAUCCUACGCAACAACCUCCUCCGCAACAGCCACCUAGCAAGAAAAGAUCUCUAGACAACUGCAACGACUUCAAAAACUCCAAGUUUUUCAAGAUGCGACGUCUCCUCAAAGAUCUUCGCCCUCAUUUCAUCGAUGUUCUUCGAACGCCUGAUUUUCGAAAUUCUAAGGCUGUCAACGAAAUUAAAGAAAAUAUGAAGCUUUUAGUGGAGUUAUACAAGCAGGUAAUGGCUGAAACAGUUCCCAUAGAGAAAUGUAAUAAUGCAGCAGUAAACCAACAAGUGCCAAGUGAAUCUGGAAUGAAGCAGAACCCAGAAGAGCAGCCGCAACUUGUUAAGCCGGCAAUAUCUUCCGAAAACAAUGCUUUUCAGUCAAGUAGUGUCUUAGAUAAACAACAAUCCGAAAAUGGUGAAGUUCCCGGGUCAUAUAUUGUUGGGGGAUCAGCAUUCGGGUGGAACUUUAUCACCUUUACGGGUAACAAACCAGUCUAUUAUGGAGUAACCAAGGAAUUAUUUCGUAGUGCUCAAGCAAGUUUAGGUGAGUGAAGUGUUUCUGAUAUGUAUUGUUGGCUAAAUAAUGACUUUAACAGUAAAUGCUUUUGGAGCUCUACCUUAAUAUUAACAUCAAAUGAUUGUAGUGAAA